AUGGACGAUGCUUUGCGUCGCAGCAUCUUUGGUUCAUCUGAUGAAUCAGAUGAACCAUCGCCGAAGCGAAGGCGCUCGAGGUCGCGAGACUCGGGCGCUAACAGUGGUGUCGGUUCUCCUAUGGACACCACUUCGCAACGAGGUGCCAGUACUUCUGUCGGCACAUCGCAGGAAGAGCGGGACCGCAAUGUGUUGCGUCUCGCUCCUGAGAAGAAGGCAUGGAUGCCUCCCAAAUCUGUCGUGGAUCACUUGUCGGCGACGACGAGUGAUCGUUAUCGAACACGGUUGUUCGAUUCGUCAAGGAUCCAUCACCUUGACCCCAGCGCGAAAAACUAUCGCGCUGAGAAUGAAUUCUUCAUCGACGCUUUCUUUAGACAUCGAUGGUACAGUGGGAAUCACAAGCGUGAUGGUCCCUCACUGCUUUAG